AUGGCUGCUACUCACGUCAAUAUUGAUGGAUCAUCCUUCGAAGGAGGGGGAUUGCUUCCUCCAGGAACAUUCCGUCUGAUUCAAGAAGAUGGAUCGGAGCUCCAUGGCCAGCGGGCUGUCAUGCUCGAUCCAGUGCCUUCCAGUGAUCCCAAUGAGCCCUUGAACUGGAGUGCAGCUCGCAAGGCUGCGAAUUUUACUAUCGUUUUGGGAAUGACAGUCGUGGUCUUUACAGCUCUCUCAAUCCAAUCAAUCUUCUGGCAACAAAUGGUCCUUGAUCUCAAUGUCACCUAUUCGCAGCUCAAUCAAGCCAUGUCGGUCAAUUUUGUCGGAUUAGCAACUGGUUGCGUGCUAUUCAUCCCACUGGCUAAGAAAUUCGGACGGAGACCAAUCUAUAUCGUGUCUACAGCUCUCAUGCUAGCGACUGCUUUUUGGACAGCCAGACUUGAGAGCCUCGCGGAGCUUUACAUUGCUAAUCUGCUACAAGGAUUAGCCGGUGCCACUAAUGAGACCAUUGUGGAGAUUACGAUUUCUGAUUUAUUUUUCGUGCACCAUCGAGGAAGUAUGAACGGUCUGUAUAUGACCAUGGUCAUGAUUGGAAGUUUCUUGACACCUAUGGCAGCGGGAGCACAAGCAACAAGACAAGGAUGGCGUUGGUCCUAUCAAACAAUGGGCAUAUUCAACGCCUUCUUCUUCCUCUUGUUUCUCUUCUGUUAUGAAGAGACCAAAUAUGUUCCAGUCCUGAAUGGACAAGCCAGAGCUGGCCCGGAGACGGAAGAAGACCUUUCUGUCCCUGUCGAUCCAGACCAUAAAUCUGCCGUGCAGUCAGACACAAAGGCCGCGCUGGCAGUCGAGCCAAGCAGCCUUCACCAUGAACUGGAUUUCAGUAUCGCAAUUAAUCCCUGGCAAAAGCGUCUUGCCCUGUGGACUCCCACCCCUGAGCCCAUAUGGCCCUACUUCUAUCGCCCCUUUUACGUGUUGUUCACCUUCCCCACCGUAUUUUUCACCGGACUCCAGUAUGCCUCCGGCGUAGUCUGGCUUACUAUCACUGCGAACGUGCUGUCGCUUGUCUUCCCAUUGCCCCCAUACCUAUUCACUCCCGAGCAGAUUGGCUUCAUGAGUCUUGGCCCAUUCAUUGGAAAUCUCAUCGGCGCCUUCUAUGGUGGACUACUUGGAGAUCGAUCCAUCCUUUAUUUUUCUCGGAAGAACAAGGGUUUCUACGAGCCUGAAAUGCGGCUGUAUAUUUUGCAUCUCCCUACUCUCUUCAUGGCUGGAGGUCUAAUAAUGUUCGGAGCCACCAUCUCGCGGGGCAUGCACUGGAUCUACCCAAGCAUUGGAGGUGCCUUUUUCGGAUUCGGACUAGGCAGUAUUGGCGAUGCCACUUUGACCCUGGUCAUUGAUAGUUACCGUGAUAUUACUGGCGACGCGUUUACGGGAAUAGCAUUCCUCCGCAACGCCAUCAGUAUUGGAAUUCCAUUUGCCAUUAGUCCAUGGAUGGAGCGCGACGGUCUCCAGAAUAUGUUCAUUACCUGUGGAUUUAUCAGUUUGGGCAUCUCAUUGCUCAUUAUUCCGAUGGUGUUCUAUGGCAAGAGGUCUCGUCGGGGCUUGGCGGCACGCUACUAUCGUCUUGUUGAGCAACAGGGUCAUAACCAUAGUGGGUGA